AUGUCGUCCGUCCGGUCCCCUGGCGGCGCCUUUGCCGCCGCGAAGCUUCUAAACUCGCCGAACCAGCCUCCUUGCAGAAACGCCGUUUUCAAAUUGAACAUUAAGUUCACGCCUCAGAAUCAACCGUCCAUUGGGACCGGCUGUCGAACACAGUUCCGAUUACCUUGCGCCGGUCCGGGGCCGGAGCCGGAGCCGGUGAUGGGAACUAUUGAUUUAUCGGGAAAUCUCGAGGAACCCAAAACUGAUGAUAAUGGCGGCAACUGGGAUGGCGGGAAUGGGCGGUUCUCUCAUGGAGGCGGCGGCGGAGGUGGGGAGGGAGAUGGAGGUGAUGGCGAUGAGGAGGAGUUCGGCCCAAUUAUGAAGUACGACGAGGUUUUGAUUGAGGCGGAAAGACGAGGCGCGGUUUUGCCGGCUGACAUGCUUGAGGCGGCCAAAACCACGGGGCUUCGCAGAUUGAUUCUUAUCCGCUACUUGGAUUUUCAGGGUGCGGCUUGGCCUUUAGGAUUUUUGAUGAGAUAUUGCUCAAUGCUUCGGGACAGGAUGCUGGUCGAUCCUUCUUUCCUAUUUAAAGUCGGGACUGAGAUAGUAAUUGAUUCAUGUUGCGCAACAUUCGCGGAAGUUAAGAAGAGGGGAAAGGAUUUCUGGGCCGAGUUCGAAUUGUAUGCUGCUGAUUUGUUAGUGGGUAUUGUUGUUGACAUCGCUUUGGUUGGUAUGUUGGCCCCUUAUGCUCGUAUAGGCAAACAAUCCGUAUCCAGUGGAUUUUUUGGACGUUUACAACAUGCUUGUGGAGCACUUCCGAGCAGUGUCUUUGAAGCUGCGAGGCCAGGAAUUAGAUUUUCAACUCAACAGCGGAUAGCAACAUACUUUUACAAGGGUAUUCUAUAUGGCUCAGUAGGUUUUGGAUGUGGUCUUAUUGGCCAAGGCAUCGCAAAUAUGAUCAUGACUGCUAAACGGAGUUUCAAGAAGUCUGAGGAGGAUGUACCAGUGCCGCCCUUAGUUCAAAGUGCUGCCCUCUGGGGCGUCUUUCUUGCAGUAUCAUCAAAUACCCGUUACCAAAUUAUAAACGGGCUUGAACGCUUUGUAGAAGCUUCACCUUUGGCUAAGAAAAUGCCGCCUUUGGCUAUGGCUUUCACAGUGGGUGUACGUUUUGCCAACAACAUUUAUGGCGGGAUGCAAUUUGUGGAUUGGGCUAGGUGGAGUGGGGUCCAGUAG